AUGAAGGCGCGAUUGCUUCGGUGUGGAGCCAACCUCAAGGACAAGGCCAAGAUACGCAACGAACAGAUCGACGAGCAGCUACGGCUGGAGCGGCUAGAGCUACGUCGGGAUCUAGAGGUGCUACUACUAGGUAGGACAUGGCUAAUACGACAUGUAGGCCCCAGUGGAGCUGGGAAGUCGACAAUUAUAAAACAGAUGAAGUUACGUCGACUAGGAUUCUCUAGUGACGAAAGAGAGUCCUUCAAACCAUUCAUUUUCGACAAUAUCAUCCAGUCUAUACGCACCAUCAUCAAAGAGCUCAUCCAGUGGGAUCUUUUUCCUGAAAGCGAGUGCCUUCAUUUGCAUGCUCAGGUUGUAUUGGAGCAGUCCUCACAACAUCAAUGGAGCCUCCUCCCCUCCGGGAUUGGACAUGCAAUUCAGACUUUAUGGGAUGAUUAUCACUUCCAGGUGAGUUACAAUAAAUGGCAAGAACAACAGUUUGGAACGCCUAUCCCGGUAUACGACGUGGUUAACACAUUAUGCAAAAGCUACUUCAACCGCGUUUCUCAGAUUGCUUCGCCCAAUUAUACCCCGGAUGAUCAGGACAUCCUUCAACUAUAUGUCCCGACAAGUGGGAUCCACGAAGCCACAAUUCCCCCCAUGGACGGUUACUCCUACCACUACCGAAUAAAUGAAGUUGGCCGCCAUCUGUCGGAGGAACGGAAGUGGUUACACUACUUUGCUGAUGUGCGGGCUAUCUUCUUCGUUGUGCCCAUAUCAGAGUACGACUAUCCUCUCCUUGAAGGAGUACGGACAAGUCCGCUGAGAGAGGCACUGGAUAAUUUUCUUUCCAUUUGCAAAUCACCUUGGUUUUGCGACAAGCCUAUUGUUCUUCUAUUUAAUAAGGUGGAUGAAUUCAAGCGAAAGCUGUCUUCUCGUCCUUUAAGGGAUUAUUUUCCUGAGUACAAAGAUGGCAGCAGCUUCUGGGAGGCCGCUAGGUUUAUCCAUCACCUAUUCAUCCCACAGACCCCAGACAAUAUGAUCUAUAUACACUUCACAUGCGCUCUUGAUACCACUUGCAUGCGUUUUGUUCUAGCGACUGUUGAUGGUAUUUUUCGUUCUUGCCUAGAAAGAUAUCAAGCUGCUAAUGCGCAUCUAGAAGUCGUCUACCCGCAGUAUGACUUCAGUUGGCCUCGUGAAUGA